AUCACCUUCCCUAUACUGUUAUUCACCCUCUAAUCAACGCGAGUCGAGUGAGAUACUCAGGGCGAGCAUCUGCCACGAUGAAUGUCGUCAUGUUCUUUCGUGCUGUAGUCGUCUUCCAAAUCCUGGGAGUUCUCCGGGCUGCCUCGCUGCGCGAUCCGACCACAAGGCUAGACAUUCAAAGACUUGUUUUAGUCCCUAUCAUAGGAUAUCGUGGAUUGGCGGCGAAGGAGGUUUUGGAUGAGACACAGAUUCUCGAGGAACAUGUUAGUCGGGCCACCGGACGACUCCGAAUGAUGUUAGGCUCCCGUGAAUCCGCUAUUGUCACUGCAAGACACCGAUUUCAGCGGUCCUCCCAAUCGUUCUCGCCUUGGACACGUAGAAAUCCGGACGUACUCCGCAUGGCGAAUCCCAGUACGGUUCACGUGGACCAUGAUCUCAAGUCCGCAACUGCGGGCGAUGACCCCCCUGCAAGAGAAUCGGACUCUGAGGUCACUCCAGCUCAGGGGACUGUUUACCCCCACAGCGCGGGACUGAAUAUUGAAGGAACAGAUAUUGGCUAUCUGACAGGUGUGGAAAUCGGAACACCUCCUCGACGAUUUCUCAUGCUUGUGGACUCGGGCUCGGCCGACAUGUGGGUUGGCGCACAGAAUUGCCACGGGGACGGUGGAGAAACCUGUGGCGAUCAUCCAUACCUUGGACCCGAAUCAAGCUCGUCUUUUUCUGAUAGUGGUCGGCCCUGGGGAAUCAGUUAUGGCACUGGCUACGUGUCCGGAACGCUUGUAACAGACAAUCUCAACUUUGCGGGAUUUGAAUUGCGCAAUCACACAUUCGGUGUGGCUUCAAACGAGAGCAGUACUUUCACAGUACAUGACAAUCCCAUGGAUGGAGUCCUCGGAUUCGCGCAACAGAGACUAUCUACGCAAGAUACCCCGACAUUCAUCAGUUCUCUAUAUACCCAGGGUCUGAUUGAGAAGCGGAUCGUUUCGUUCAGGUUACCUCGCCUGUCGGACAAUGCAAAUGACGGAGAAGUAACAAUCGGAGGAAUGGAUCCGACCAAGUACCAGCCGUUGUCGAUGGCUUGUGUUGCGAACGUGAACCAAGCAGGAUUUUGGGAAGCUUCGCUGGACAUGAUUCGAAUCCAUGGAAAGGAUGCCAAAUUGACUGGGAGGAACUGCAUAUUCGAUACAGGCACAGUCAGUGAAAUCUUUAACCGCCCGAGGUUUAUUGACACGUUGCAGACGUUACUGAUUGCCCCCAAGAAUGAUGUGGAUGCCAUUCAUGCCCUGAUUCCAGAUGCUCGGGCUUCGGCAAACGGUUGGACGGUUCCCUGUAAUACGACUGUGACGAUCUCGCUUCAAUUCGGCGGCAAAGAUUUCACGAUGACUCCUCGAGACAUAGCAUUCUCGCCGGUCAACUCUUCCAAACCCGAUGGCAUGUGUUCAUCUGCCAUCGCACCCGGCGGUGUAAGCGAAGGACCAACGCAUUGGCUGGCCAGUUUCAAUCCAGACAACUUCCUGUUCUCACCGAUCUAA